AUGGAAGAGACUCUGCACGGCAGCCGCGGCUCCUCCUCGCCAGAUCCAUCAGCCUUGAAGGAGGUCGACCAUUUCGAAGGGAUCUCAGACGAAGACAAAAUUCGCCUUGAAGGCGUUGUAUGGAGGAAGUUAGACAGAUGGGUGCUGCCCGUCUGCACUAUUUUCUAUCUCCUCUCUUUCCUUGACCGGAGCAACAUCGCAAAUGCGCGAGUUGCUGGCAUGCAGACAAGUCUCAAGAUUUCCAACUACCAGUACACUAUUGCUCUGACUAUGACAUACGUGCCGUACAUCGCAGCAGAGUUCCCUUCGAACUUGCUGUUGAAGGCAAGUAUUGCCCUUUGGUAUGUGGGACCGCGGUGGAUGCUGCCAACCAUGGUCACUAUAUGGGGCCUUGUGGCAACCAUGCAAGGCGUCGUGACGAGUUACUCAGGUCUGCUUGCUUGUCGAUUCUUUUUGGGUCUCAUGGAAGGUGGUCUGUUCCCUGGUCUUGUGCUUUAUAUGUCCUUCUUCUACCCCAGAGAGAGACUGCAAAUCAGGGUUGCCACAUUCUUCGCAUCCGCAUCGCUCUCUGGCGCCUUUUCUGGUCUGCUGGCAGCUGCUAUCAUGAAUAUCAAUGGGAAAGGUGGCAAACCUGGAUGGGCUUGGAUUUUCAUCAUUGAGGGAAUCUUUACGUUUUUGUUUGGAUUGAUAUCCUUUUUUGUCCUCCCGAACUCCCCGGCUGCCGCGCACUUCCUCUCUGCGAAGGAGCGUGAUUAUGUGAUGGCUAGAUUGAAGGCGGAUGGUGCUGUUGCUGGUGAUGAUAAAAGUGAUGCCUUCAGUUGGACUGAGGUGAUUCGGUGCUGUCAGUCAAUUCACGUUUGGCUGUUGGCGCCUGUUCUGUUUUUCAUUGGUACGACCUUGUAUGGACUUGCUUACUUUGAGCCCACAAUCGUCGCCGGCCUUGGUUACACCGGUAAUAAAGCGCAGCUGAUGAGUGCGCCGCCCUUUGCGAUGCCAACUGUUGUAUUUCCAGUCUCGAUGAUCACUGCGGUGAUAUCGGACCGGUACAAAUGCCGUGGCUUCAUGCUCAUUUUCUUCUCGGUGUGUAACCUGGUUGGAUUCAUUAUGUUCUAUGCGAGCAAAUCGAACCACGUUCGUUAUGGAUCUCUUUUCCUGACCAUCGCUGGCUCCUACUGCGGUGCUCCGCCGGUCAUCACGUGGGUAGCGAACAACAGUGCGCCACACAUCAGACGAGCAACUUCUGUCGCUAUCGCGUUCAUUAUGACCAACUUGGGCGGUAUCCUAGCUACAUGGCUCUUAGGUUCCUUGUCCCCUGCACCCAACUACACAAAAGCUACGAUCACCUUCAUCGUCAUGUCGGUGGGCAUGGUGGUGCUCUCCAGCGCCACCCUCGCGUACCUUUGGCACCAGAACCGCCUGAAGGCAGAUAGGCGGCAGUUUACGAUGCCAGAGGAUGAACCCAAGGGUUUGGGCGAUAAAAGUGCAUGGUUUGUCUACAACUUGUAG